AUCACCUCCACAUCCCUCUAUGACCUGCCUCUGCUUACUCAGGCCCAAAGCCCUUGCAGGUCCAAUCCCACUCCCUGCCAGGGACCUGGGUGCUAGGGAGGGAUUGGGUAGGUUAGUACACCCAUGAGUAUCCCCCUGGGACCCUAGCCAGGCUCAGCUCCUGGAUAGCAUUCUAGGACUGGGGGCACCAGGGCUGACAACUGGAGCAGUCUUUACCAUGUCUGGAGCAGUUCUGCUGCUACUACUGUUGCUGGUCAGCUUCCUCGCCUUUGACUUGCUCCACAGGCCUGCAAGUCCCACCCUGCUGCAACACAGACUGCUCACAAGGGGCCAGAAUCAGGGCGCCGGCAAGGGUCCAGGACAGCAGGCAGCUCCCCUCUUCCCAACAGGGGUCAUCCCAGGACAGCCCAGCCUCCAGGAUGCACUGCUCCUGCUGCUCUUCGGCCUGGGGCUGCUCUUGGGAGCCCAUGGCAUAAUCCUGGCCCUGCUGGGCCUGGUUUUCUGCCUGCAUCCUUGGGCCUGAGAGCCUUCCCAAAACAUUGAAUCC